AUGUUAAUCAAUAAUUUAAAGAACAUUAACUUUUUCUCAAGAAAUACUUCCCAUUUCAAUACCAACAAUAUUACAAUGUCAAACUACAAUAGUAAUGGAUUGAUUCAACAAACAGAGAAUCAAAUUACUAAAACAUUAUCAAACAGACCAUUUUGGGCAGUUUGUCCUUAA